AUAAAACCGUAAAAAUGAUACGAAUAUCUGCGUUGAACGAGGAAGAAACGGACGAGGAGAGUAACACAUCCGAUACCGAGCUAAUCGUCACGAAAGAAGCCGAGGAAACCAUUGCCAUCUCUGAGUAUGUGCGGGCGCUGCAGAUGAAAAAGGAGAACCGACAGCAAGAUGCACUGGAACUGUUGCUGGAGCUGUUGGAUACUCAAGUCAUCCACGAUGUUACAUCCACCCAGGCGGACAAUAAACUGUUCGCCGUUAAGUACAACUGCUAUCGUAACAUUGGACUCAUCUACGAAGAGCAAGGAAAGGAACAUCUUGCGAUGGAAUUCCUUAUGAAGGCAAUGGAUCUGGAUGAAACGGAUGUGUAUACCAUGUCCCGUUUGGCACAUAUGGCACUCAAAACUGGCCACCUGCAAAUUUCAAAAAUGUAUUUCGAAAAGUGUCUGAAACGCAAUCCUAACCAUUGGCCCAGCAUGGAAGGACUGCUGAGGGUGUUUUGUAGCGCUUCAAACGUGGUCGAAGCGUAUGGAUGGGCCAGCCAAUGCCACCGAAAGGAUACGCGCAACAAGCUGUACAUUGAUGUGGUGAGAGCGAUUAGGGAACGGUUUAAAUCCACACUACCGUAUCUGGAUACCGUGUUCACUGUGACACCGUCGUUCGAUUUUUCCGAGGAAGAGAAACACCGGCCUCUGGCAGCUGCGUUGGAAACGUUUGACGAGCUGUUUAAACCAUGUCCGGCGGCGGAUGAGGAACCAGAUUUUACCGUGAUGCCGGAAACGUUGCGAAAUGUAAUGAAAAUAGAUGAUCUUAGCUUCGAAACGAUCGGCAAUGUGCUGGUGAGGUUGAACGAACUGAUGGAGGAGCUAGAUUUGCGAUGUGUGUUCAUGGUGGACACGGAUGAACUGUUCUGUGAGCACAAGGUGCCAAAACCGGAACAAGUCGAAGAAGAUGUGCAGAAGUCACCGGACCCAACAGAAUGUGCCGUAGACCAGUCCUUGGUGAAGGAUGACAGUCGAAUGGAAGUAGAAGAGGAAGAAGUGUGUGGUGAAGAAGCAAAUGAUGUUGGUGGCAUGGGGGUCAAAAGCAAUGACGAAACGAAUGGCAAUGGUACAUCUGCUGCUGAUAGUGCUGAUUCGGGUGUUGAUGCUAACGAGCAAGCCAAAAACCGAGCCCGUCGAACAAGGCUUGGAGCCGAGCUAAAAAUUCUCGAGCAGUGGGGCUGGCACAAGAACCGACGGUCGACACGCAAGAAAAGUGCACUGGAAAUGAACGAUCCAGUUGAUGCAACGGUGGAUUCAUUCUUCAAACAAGCCGUUAAACAACAUCUGUCAGAGGACUUGCGUUUUGAAGAUUCUCCCUUUGUACCGGAUAUCCGCACAGAAUCACCAAGCGAUCAAUCAAAGCGGCCAGCCGAAUCUUCCUUAGGACAUUCCACCAGCACCGAACCAUCAUCCACUGUUACGCAGCAAAAUUUCUGCAGUGAAUGCAAUGUGGAUAGUUUUGUUACUGAAAUGAAGCAAAGUGACAUUGAUGUGUACGCGUUGAUGUACGGAUUUUUGGCACACGUCUCUAAAUCGUGGGGUGUCGCGAUGAAACCGGAAUUACGCACGCUUUACUUGAAGGUGCAUUCACAUUUCACACAGUACACCGAUUAUGACUCGUGGAAUCAAUUGUCCGAGGAUCGACUGGAGGUGAUAUUUCAAAUCACACUGUUCCAUCUCGAGCUAAAGCUGGAUUCUGGUUUGGCGCAGGACAGUGAACAAUCGCAAAGUGUGUUCGAUCAGUUUGAUGAGGAAGUGUUCCAUCGCUGUCGGUUCUAUGUAGACAGUUUACCGACCCAGCAAAUAGUAACUGUUUAUCGCAUUCGAUUGCUGUGGAUUUCUUACAUUCUGCACUGUAGUAUGCAAAAGUUCGAUCAAGCUCUAGAUAAUCUUUAUUUGCUUUCCGAGCUUGUCGAAGCACCAGGUGAAGCAUCCAUCGAGCUAAACUUUCCAAACCAGCGAGCAAACACAAGCAUCAGCAAAAGCUCCGUUCACGAACUGAUCGGAGAAACGGAACGCAAGUUGCGCAUUGCUCGUGUUAAACGCCACUAUGACAGCGGAGAACAUGAGCCUGUGGUCGCAAUACUGAAAGAUACACUACACUACUACACCUCCGCUGUGAAUCCGGACGAAUCGAUUCUUGGUCUCACGAUUCAAACACAAAUGUUACUGGAAUCGCUUUGGAGUAUGGCCGAAAUGGAGGAAUGUUUUCUCUGGUCGGAAAAAUCUUUCACCUACUCCGUCCAGCAGUUCAUGACCGCACCGGUACAGCACGAUAGCCGAAAGUCACGCAUGUGGGCUAACAAUAUAAACUUUUCGCUGCUCUACAUGGAAUCCAUAAUCAAGCAGGAAGGAGUAGCUAUAAUCGAUGUUCUCGGUAAAAAUCUAUCCAGACUUAUCCAAUCGUUACAUCGCAUGCUCACACACCAGCUCGAUCCUAGUGGGGAGAAAAAUUACACCGCUCAGCUUUGUCUAAUCGAAUGUUGGAGAGCUUGGAUCGUGCUUUACUAUGUUUUGGAACGACAAGAUGAUAUGGACUGUUCAGUAAAGCUGAAUCGGCAACCCGCUAUUGCUGAUCCAAACGGAACGCUAGAAAUGGAGCCAGAACGUCUCUGCAAUUCAAUUAUGAUGUGUUUCGUGGCACACGAGCUACUGGGGAAGAAAAACUGGUGCUCAAGAGGCGACAGUGGGUUACUGUUUCACACACUCGAUGUCGUUGUGCCGAAGAUUCGUUCCCCCAUGUUGGAACCAUUUCGGGAAAUUUUGAAUGAAUAUCUCGAACAGGUGACGUAUUGUUUGUACGGAUAUCCACAGAAACGGCCCCGGCACCGGCAUAUACAGGACCACUGUGCUGUGCAAGUAUCACUUACCUGGGAGCGAGCGAUUCAGCUGUUUGAUCUCUAUCGUCCUGAUAGCCUGCCAGAAUUUAACUCCUACAAACUGGAAUCCAUUUCCACCGAUAUGGAGGCACUCCUACAGCGCAUCAUUCUGCUCAUACCGCGUGAAAUCAACAUCAUGAAACUCUCCCGCCCGAUAUCCGAGUUUAUCGAUGGCAAGGGCAAUACACUGCCCGAGGCGGCCAACAUUCUGCAGAGCGAAGUGAAACCAAUUUUCUAUCUGUUGGCUGAUUUUUACUUUAAAAGUCGUGAUUUUACACGUGCGAUCCGGUACUACGUAAUGGAUUUGGCCCUGGAACCAUCGCGCUUCGAUUCGUGGGCUGGAAUUUCACUCUCCAAAGCGAGCAAGGUCGAAACGAAGCUCAACUCGACUGAAACAAUGCCAUUGCAGGAAUUUCUCGACGAAACUGACAAUGGUAUGAAGUGUUUCGAUCAGUGUUUGCAGCUAAACGAAGAAGAUUCACAGCUGUGGAUUGAGUACGGAUCGUUUGCGUACAACAUUCAUUCGUUCUGCUCGCGCAGCUUAAAGCUUCUCAGCGAUACAUUGUCUAUGGAGAGUUUCGCAUUGGUUGAAACGCAUAAGGAGCGCUGUCUGGAUAUAGCAUUUACAUGCUUCAACAAGGUGAGUCUGAUCAAGCUGUCGCACAGCAAUGCAGCCGGUGACAUGAUCGAUGAGCAGCCGAUACAACCGAACCAAGAGAAUGGUCACAAUCACGAGGACGAAAUAUGGCUGCAUCACUACAUGCUCGGUAAAAUAGCGGAAAAGAAGAAGGAACAUCCGGCCGUCUAUCUGACGCAUUACCUCAAAUCCGCUAAAUAUCUGUACGAAUGUAACGCAACCUAUCCAAUCAAGAUCAAUCACAGCAGUCCCUCGCAGCUGGCGAUCGAAGCGUUGGAGAUAUUUUACCGCAUCAAUGCGGCCAUUAUCAAGUACGUGGAGCAACAUUCGCCGAUAAAUAAAAAAACGUCCCGGCUGUUUGUGCGCACCCUGAAGGAGCUAUCGAUCAGUCCGUUUGCGGUGAAUCGUGCUAAAAUAAAUGAAAACAUGCUCAAGCGAAAGAUCUCCCCGAACGGGAACAACAGUGGAACGAAUCCAGGAGGUACGAUGGAUAUGGACGUUCCGGUAGGUUCUCCUAAAGUUUCUAAAGCUGCCGAAGUGCAAGCAGCUGCAACUGUUCCGGCAGCAUCGGAUACUGGGGCUGCUGGGGAACAACAGACAGAAUCAGCUACGAUUGUUUCUGUAAACAGUCCACAGCCACAGGAACCGAAACCGGGACCGAGUGAUGUUCAAGUGGUGGAAGACGUAGAAAACGUUCCUUCGCCAGUCUCUGCGUCCGGUCAGAUGCCUGCUCGUGCGCUGGAACAUCUGCGCGUGGAGGAAAUUAAGCAGCUAGGUGAUCUGCAACAUCCAUCGUUACGUCGUGGAUCACAGGAAAGUGCAGUUACGUCCACUACUACCACGACAACGACCACCACCAGCACUUCUUCGUCGAGCAGCGAUUCGUCCGACAGUGAUUCGGAUACAUCUUCCGAUUCUGACAGUGACAGUACGUCGACGGACGAUGAACUCAUUAACCAGCAACCGAUCAACCCAACGCAACGGGACACUAUUUUCAAGCUGUGCAUUAAAAAUCUGGAAGAGUGCAUAACUCGCUUCCCGGAGCAUUAUAAAUCGAUGUACCGUCUCAUACACCAUUUCAUGCAUGCGCCCGGUUCAACAAAGUCUUUCGAGAGUGCACGCCAACUGCUGCUUGGCACCUAUCGUACCACGCUCGGUAAUCAAAUACCAGGACUGUUCACGGAACGAAAGUCGACCAAUUUCUUUAACGGUUUAUGGAGAAUUCCUGCAUCGGAUAUUGAUCGGCCGGGUAAUUUUGCAUCGCACAUUUCAAAGUGUGUGAUUGUGCUGAUGGAAACGUUGAAGGAAUUUUCCGAGUACGAUACCCUGCUGGAGUUGGCACUGCAGCUACAGCGAACGCCGGAACCGGACAAGAAAUACUUAAAUGAUUACGAACGCAAAGAGUUGGUCCAGCAAGCGAUACUGUUCUGUGUGCAAGUGUACCGAAGCCUGUUCAAGAAGCAUUCCGACGUGCGCAACGACACCGAACUGCUCUCGCUCAUGGUCGACAUGUACAAAGCGUACCGUAAGAUCACAAAACACAUGCAAGCGAAGGAGUCAAUGUUUGCAACUGCACUGAUCGAUGCGUAUCGGGUGUUUGUUAGCGAUAAGGUCCCGAAAUUACCGGACAAUGUUAAUUUGCUCGAUUUAGCUGUAAAGCUGUGUACGUACGAGAUGAACUACCGCAAAAUGCAAGAAAAGCAGCAGCAAGCAAAUGCUAGCAGUGGAUCAAACUCAGCAACGUCCGGAGCUGGAGCUACCGGGGCGGGUAAUGGUGGUAAUGGUGCGAAAGCGAUGCUAACUAGCGGUGAACUUCCGACAACGAUGUUUGUACCGAUGCAACCGAUAUCUGCGAACUUUAUUCCCGGUCUUACGAGACAAAAUCGACGCCUGGGGGUAACGAAAGCAUCAUCCACCGCUUCUGCUGCACCACCAACGUCGACGGUUUCAGCUAACGAACAGCCAAGCAGCGUUCAGCAGCCUUCUUAUCCUGCAACACAACAAUACGGACAAAGCGCAAUGACUAGUAUGAUGUCGGAACUUUCGUCGCGGGUUACCAUCACGCCAAUUAUGCAUGAUACCGUAUCAUCCUCAGCGGUCGGUACUAGUUCUAAUAAAGUCACAGCAGUGGCUUCUUCGUCUGCUACGGUCGUAUCAACGACAACGGCGAAAUCUGUCGGAUUUUCCUCAACAUCAUCUACAAAUGAUCUGCUUUUGCCACUACCAUCUUUGCCCUCGGUUACACCAUCAACUGUAGCGUCUACCUCUUCAGCAACCGGUGCCGUCAACUCUUCCACUUUGUACCAGCAAUAUCUGAAACUGUUUAGCCAAAUUCCAAAUAUUGCCGCGAUCGGUAAUAAUCCGAUGAUGACGGCCGCAUUUACCGAGUAUCUAGCUGCUUUUAAAAUUCAAAGCCAGAAAGCGGCGCUUUCCCCAAGCACUGAUCGUAGCACUUCCACACCUUCUCCACUGCCUGUUCCCAUGUCGUUGGGUUUGCCGAAAGGUCAGCUGAUCGGUUCCGGUGGUAAAGAUUACAAUACGGCCAGCAGCAGCCAGCUAACCACUGCUAACACAGCCGCCGGUGGAAGCAAAAAACCUUCUUCCGGCGCAAAAUCGUCUGCCAGCAGCACUGUCACUUCCAUGACUGGUGAGCAACAUCAUCAGCAGCUAGCUACCAUUACGCUCACGCCCAUGUCCACACUCACCGGUAAUGCUCCACUGCCAACGAAGAAAGAUGCCCGCGUGUCCUCACCAUUCGGUGGAAUGUCACAGCGUGUAUCUUCACCAUCUCCAAUUCUUACCAUUACACCAUCGGAUGGACCAAUACCUGCACGGAAACAAGACCCACCGACCGGGGGACGUAAAAUAAAGGGUAAAAAAGCGGGCACAGGACAGCAAACACGCCCAUUACCUUAUAGUCGAUCGAUACCUACGCAUCAAUCGAACACCACCACCAUACCGCAGCUAGGUGUUCCUGGACUAUCUAUCGAACCCGUGAUGGGACCGCUGAUGCAACCCAUCGGUGGCAAAGCUUCCGGAUCGGCAACAAACACUGGCCGAACGGAUAAAACACUCACCGCCGGUUUGUUUGAUGCUGCAGUGCCGAAAGAUUUACUAGCGUCUUACAUGGAACUGUUGCAAAAGUAUCCCCACAUGGCACGCUCGUGGCUGAUGAGCAUGAAGGGAGGAACCGGCGUGGCACAGUCCACUGUUCCUGGACCAUCCCAACAAGCACCGGCUGGACGAAAACAAUCGGCUAAACAGUCCAACAAAGCAGCUACCACCCUAGCAAUGCACACAUCAAUGGCAAAUAUGGCCGCAACCGGUAAUCAACCGGUGGGUGGGAAUCGUUUCGCAUCAUCAAGUCCUACAGCGGGAAUACCACGAAUCAGUGCGACAAUAACACCGGUACCGACGGGACCUAGCUAUCCGUCCACCGACAGUUACAACAGACAAUCUUCGGCAAUGAUCGGUAGUGGUUCGGGGGGUGGUGCUAGUACCUCCUCCUCCUCUUCCUCCUCAAUCUCAUUGCAUCCGAUGGGUGUUGUUGGACCGAACCAGCAACAAGCAAAAACGUUGCAGCAAAAGCUUGCCGAACGGCAGAAAGCGAAUAAAGCGCGCGAAAGUGAAGGUGCCGGUGGUGGAUCGGGCACCACCACCACCACAGCCACAAAACCGAAACCACCAGCAGAUGAUCCAAUGGAUGUGAUCGUGCUCGAAUGA